CUAGAUCCUUCCAAAAAUAAAUUAAGAACGUGGGGGGGGCGAGGUCAUUAUCGUAAAUUCGACCUCCGCUCGCCGUACCACUCACUAAGUUGAGCCCAGUUUUUUUUUAAAAGGCGCGCUCACGUUACCGUGCAUUCUCAGUCUCUCUCUCUCUCUCUCUUCCAUGGCCGAACUCGAUCUGCAUCGACGGAGCAUGCUGCAUUGCUGAGUCGCUCCCGCGCCCCGCGUCGACUCGCCCCGACUCAGUGAUCAUCGCUCGCCGAGGAGACGAGCCCCGCGCCGCCACCGCCGGAACUAUGCUGGACGGCUUGCUCGGUCGCGGCUUCGCCGCCAAGUGCAAAUCGCUGAUCAAGCUGACGAGGUCGAGAAUCGAUGUCAUACGGCGGAAGCGGCAGGCGACGCAGAAGUUUUUGAAGAAAGACAUGGCCGAUCUCCUCGCCAAUGGCCUCGACACCAACGCUUAUGGCCGGGCUGAAGGACUUCUGGUUGAAUUGACGCUCUCGUCAUGCUAUGAUGAUGUCGAUCGGUUUUGCGAGGUCUUGUUGAAGCAAAUGUCGACAAUGAAAAAGCAGAGUGAAUGCCCAGAGGAAUGUCGAGAGGCUGUAUCGUCCCUGAUGUUUGCUGCUGCAAGAUUUUCUGAUUUGCCAGAGUUGCGCGACCUUAGGGAUAGUUUCCAAGAGAGAUAUGGAAAUUCCUUGGACUGUUUCAUAGAUCAAGAGUUUUCCAAUAAAUUAGCCGGAAAGCCUUCUACACUGGAAAAGAAAGUUAAGCUAAUGCAAGACAUAGCAACAGAGUUUUCGAUAAGGUGGGAUGCAAGAGCUUUUGAACAGAGAAUGUCCAGAAACUCUUCGACUGUCCAGGAGCAACCAAAAGAUCAAGGACUUCUUUCCCAUGCCACUCCAAAGCAAAGUUUUGAAGAAGUGGAUGAAGGGCAGAGGUUCCGUAAUAACAUGGGAGCCAGUGGCUUUAGAAGAAAUGACCUCAAUCCUCAACCAAAGCUUGAAUCAACUGGCAACAAGUGGAAUGAGUUUGAGGAUGUUAUCUCGAGGAAAGAUGAUCAUGAUACUCAACAAGGAAGGCCUGGUCUCGCCUCUGAUAAAGCUGAGGAGGGUACUAGCUUGAAACAAGUUAAAUCUGGUGCUUCAUCUCAUGAAAGACGACAUAAGGACACUAACGGUACUCAACGAGGAAGGCUUGGUCACAGCUCUUAUAAAAUUGAGGAGGAUAGUAGCCCAAAACCAAUAAAAUCUCAUGAAACAGGAUAUAAAGAUGCCGCUGGUGGAUUGAAGUACCAGAACAGAAGGGAGAGAACUGUCCUAGAAAGGGAGCACGGGGAUGGUUCACUUCACUGGAAACAAGGCACAAUGCCUAGUUCUGCUGGAACCUACAUAAAGACCAAUGUUAAGGAUGCCCCGUCUGCUAAUGACAAUAAUGGCAAUGAAGACCAUGCUGCUAACUCAUUGAGGAAGGCCAGGAGAGGAGAUAUAGAAAGGUCCUACUGCAAAAGUCCUCUGCCACCUCCUUAUGUUAAGCCUCCUUAUGUUAAGCCAAAUGUUAAACCCCCGAAGGAUGGCAAGUACGGGUCCAAAUCGGAGUCUGAUUUUGAAGGCUCGAAAAUUCCAGAAUCAAUUGGAAAUUCUAUGCCAAUUUUCAAUGUCACAAAAUUUCUUUGAAAAAUUAUGUCUAACGGUUUGAUUGGAAGAAAUUUCUUCAAAAGAAUGUCAAUAGCUAAUGCGGCAUGAGAAGUAUUUAAAGGAGAUCAUUCGAUCAAGAAGUGAAAGGAAAUUUGAAUUUGAAAUUCAAAAAUCUAAAGCUAUUCUUAA